AAUAAUUAUGAUGUUUUGCAUCCUGGGAUGCAACAAACCAUAAUUUUGUAAUUUUAUUUUAAGAAUCAUGUGUCAAAACACAACCAUAACCUAUUGAUAUGUUUUUGUUUUCUCACUUGCUCAUAUUUUACGAUAUAAAAAGAGAGGGCAAUAUGCGCAUGUACUGCGCAUGCGCGCGGAGCAUAAGUUUUGUCAUUCUGCGAGUAUAGUUCCCCUACAGAAAAAGGUUUCAUUUUUGAGAGACUUCACACAGUCAGUUCAGUCUCCUUAGUCUUACUCCCUGCUGUUGGGAACAGGGUUGGAAAAUGACGCGUCAUUUUUGGUUUCUGAUGUAGAUUACGUAGAAUAAGUAAUUUACGUAGACAAUGUAGAAAACCCAUGUAAUUUACAUUUUCAAGAUGGCGGCCAUUAAAAGACUAAAAAAACAUAACAUAACCUCUUGAAAAGUUUGCUUUUCAGGUUAUACCACGUGACAAAAUACAUUAAUGUAAAUUACGUAGAAAACUCUUGACGUAAAUUACCAAGUAAUCUACUUGUAAACAACUACGUAGAUUACCUUAGGUAGUUUACGUUCCCAACCCUGGUUGGGAAUGAUGUUUUUUGUUUUGUUUAUUUUUCGUCGUUUCUGUCAAUUAAUUGUGUUCAUUGUGCCGGUAUGAAUUUGUUUUACAAUAAAACAAAAUAAAUUAAAGAAGCAGAAAUAGAAGAAUGUCAAGGCAAACUAAAUGAAUGGAGAAAAAGAAUUACAAUUUCACACAUUUCCUUUACAAUUAAAGAACUAAUUGGAAAAUUGUGGAUUUCCAAGUUUUCUAAAAAUGUGAAUUUCUUAUUAUUUACGUACAAAGUACAAAAUGUCAAGUCCACGUGAAAAAACAGCGGUAUGUAAAAGAGCAGCCGAAGUCGAUCAAAAUGAAGAAGAUCCAUCGGAUAAAAAAAUCAGAAGACUCAGUUUUUCUUUUCUUAUCAAUGCUAUUAAAAUGGGUAAUGUAAAUAAAGUACAAGAAUUUUUAAAGCAAAAUGAAGAAUUUAAGGAAGAGAAUAAAAAAAUGACGCCCCUACAUUAUGCAGCUGAAGGCAACAAUUUGCAAAUUGUGGAGUUAAUGUUGAAAAAUGGUUACGGUAGAGUAAACUCAAGGAACAGAAGUGACAAAACACCACUACAUUUAGCUUUGAAGAAUAAAAGAGCCUCAAUUAUUAAAUACCUAAUCGAUAAUGGCUCGAAAAAUUGUCUAUCCAAAAUUGAUAGUGACAAUGAAAUUCGCUCCUGUUUUCUGAAUGAUCGUUUAGACAUUCUUAAAUGUCUACUAAAGAAGAAGGAAUUAAUCCAGGAUUCGAUGAUUUACUACAGCGUCACCGAAAAUCGCUAUGAAAUUUUGAAAUACCUUCUGCAAUGUGGCGAUAAAGUGAAUAAAACGCCGCAACAUCAUUUUUUUCUCCACAAAGCGGUGGAAAUCGGAGACUGGAAAAUAUUGCAACUCUUUAUUAAUGCAAACUUCGAUUUAAUUAGUGGGAGGAAUUUACAAAAGAGAACACCAUUGUAUUACGCUGUCAGGGAAUGUCACUUUGAAAUUAUGAAAUUUCUUCUUGAAAAAGGAGCGAAAAAUACAUUAAAUUAUGAGGAAUGUUGUGACCUAUUAAAAUGCUCUAUCAAUACUGGUCGCUUAGAUAUUUUGCAAUAUCUCGGUCCAAAUGAUUAUAUUUCCCACGAUAUUCUCUAUCAUACGGCUUCGAUCGGUAAUUUGGAGAUAUUAGAAUAUUUACUAAAAUGCGGCGUGGAAAUAAAUUCCGAUACAACAAACACUGCCCUUCACGCUGCUGUUGAAUUCAAUAACAUUAAAAUUGUCAAAUAUCUCAUUGAAAAUGGUCAUCACUUUCAUACGAUUCGAAAUUCGGAUGGUAAAACAGCUGUUGAUUUAGCAAUUCUCGGGGUGAAAUUAGAAAUAAUUGAUUAUUUUGUCAAUUGUCGAUCAAUGAGGAUUAUAAAUGAAAGAAAUCUUUGCGAGGCGGUGAAAAUGGGGCAUUUGAAUCUAUUGAAAUAUUUGAUUACAAAUGGUUGUGGUGAGAUUAAUAAGGAAAUUAUGGGAAUUGGUACAUUGCUUCAUUGUUCGGCGAGUGAAGGUCAAUUGGAAAUUGUGAAAUAUUUGUUGGCGAAUGGAGCUCAAGUGAAUCAUUUAUCUAAAGAAAAUAAAACGCCUCUUGUCUCUGCAAUCACAGCGGGACAAACGAAAAUUGUGGAGGAACUUCUAAAACACGGGGCUGUGAAUAAAAAACACAAAAUACCCGCCGAAAGUGUAAAAGAUGAAAUUUUGCUACUUCUUCUCAGAGCUGGACAUAAAAUGAAAAAUUAUUUCGGUAGACGAAAACCCCUUCUGAUCGCUGCCGAACUCGGUUAUUCGAAAUUUUUGAAAGAGUUUAUAAAGUCUGGUAUCGACGUUAAUUCGCAAACGAUACGUAAACAAUCGGCAUUGGAUCUUGCGAUUGUAAAUGAACACUACGAGAGUGUGCGAGUCCUGUUGAAAGCCGGUGCGAAUCCGAAAGGUUACGGAAAAAUGAAACCAACACCACUUGAAUGUGCAAUCGAGAAUAAUAAAUUUCAUAUCGUCAAAGAAAUUCUCGAUCGUUUGCCAAAGGAGGAUCUUGAAGAAGCUGUUCUCCACUCUCUUGAUCUUGCCGUUAUGGAAAAAAAGUCAAUUACUUUCGUCAAUAUUCUUCUCGAUUAUGAUUUCAACAAUAAAUACAAACCGAUAAUCGAAACUUUAGAUUGUGAAAGUAAAAUAUUCAUUUCUCUUGUCGAUCACAUUCAAAGACUGGAAACUUUAGUCGAUUUUCAAAAAUUAUUAUUAAAAAAAAUCUGUCGUGGAUUAUUUCACGUGAAUAGUGAGGUCCGAAGUGCAUUAAUAUCGAGAAUUGCUCUUUUAAAAUCACUUCCUGAAAAUGCGAAUAAUUUUGGUGAAAUGAUACACGCGCGAUUUAUCGAGAAAUUUAAAUUUAGAGACUGGUAUAAAAAAUGUGAGAAUGAAAUUGAUUUAAUGAAACGAACAAAAGUAUUGCCUAAAGUAUCAGAAAUGACAUAUUAUGAUUUUCUCGCGAAGCCACUUUAUAAACUCGAAAAAUGCGUGUCAAAUGCAAAAUUAAUGAAAAACUUUGAGUGUUCCAAUGGUUUUAAAACGUUUCAGAAAUUUUUUUAUAAACGAGCUAAAAGAAUUCGAAUUCGAUGUAAAUUUAUCGACUCGUGUAAAAAAUCACUUUACUAUAUGGUUUAUGAUAAACUUAAAAUUCAUCUUCCCAGUGAAAUUGUAGAUAAAGUUUGUGAAUAUCUAACUGCGUUAGAAGUAAGACGUUUAGCAGAGUCAUAUCCUAUGUAAAGAAAAUUAAAUUUUUCUUUAAAAGAAAAAAUGAAAUUUUUGUUUAAAUGACAAUGAAUUUUUUGUUUUGAGAACGAAAUGAAAUUUUUGUUUACAGUACAAAAAAAACUGCAAGUGUCAUAAAUGUUAUGUUUUGUAUCAAAUAUUUAUUACGGUUUACUGUAUUUUGAGUUUUUUUUUUGUAAAAAAAACUUCUAUUUAUUUAGUAUAUAAAAAAAGUACAAAUUAUUCUACAAUAAUUCGUAAGAGAAAAUUUAAAAUAUUACGAAAUUUUUGUUUAUUAAAAAUUCAAAAUUACUACGUAUUUUCAACAGUUGCGUUAAAAAAUGGAAAAGUAUGUAAAAUGUUUACAGUCGGAAACAAUUUGUUUAAUUCAAAAUUUAUUUUAGAUAAUAUAAACAAUUACACAGAAAGCAAAAAGAAAUAAAAA